AGCCCCAAAGUUCCUUCUUCCUUUGAAUGCACAGAGAUUCCGCCUUUUCGUUUUGCCUCGCAGUCUUUUAAAAUCCAUACUUAAGUCUAGUCCCGCCCACCAAAAUCUUCAGCCCUGGCCUCUGCAGUCUGUAAUGGAGGUCGCUACUUCUUCGCUAGCCACUGAAUCCACCAGUCCUGGUUUCACUUUAACCACAGAAGAUGAGGUCGAAGAGGUUGGAAAAGGCCCAACCGUCCAAACGACUGCAAAUCACUUUAAUCGGACGGUUGAGGUGCCUCCAGCCGACGCAAACGCGGAGCUCUGUUCUUCUCCUUGUCAGAACUCGAUACCCAUCAACAAUGGCGGAACUGUUAUCAGGAAGAAAAAGAAGAAGAAUAAGGAAUUGACUGAUUUCUCUAGUUCUGGUUCCGGUGCCUCUUCUUCUCUGUCUUAUUUUUCUCACCAAAGGAAUGGAUUGCGCGGCGUUACGAUUAAAAGCCAAACGCCUAAGGUUUCUAUUCGCCAUAGUCGCCGCAACGAGAGCGAUUUAGAUGCUCUGGCGCUUCCUCUGGGGAUGUCGAUUGCCGCCGUUGUUGCUCAGGUGUUGGACACCAAUAAUGCAGCAAGGGAAAGGAUUCCUGUAGAUCACCUUUCAAAGAUUUUCAUGCUGGCAGUGAAAGAAUCUUUAGCCAAUGCUUUUGGGUACAAGUUUGACUGUUUUGCAAAGAAUUUUGGAAAAUCAUUUCAGAGCACCCUGAGGACCUUACAGUUGAUCAAUGAAACAUCUCACAAUAAGGAAAGAAACGACUGCAACUUAAGAUUACAAAAUUGUCAUCAAGAAAUGGUACCACCUGAUUCUUUCGAUAAACAAGAUCCCAUAAGCAAUUGUGACAUGAAAAACUGCCAUAUUGAAGCCAUCCCACCUCAAGCACCAUUCAGUACUGUUGAAGAAAUGCAAGAGAGUGUGAUAUCAGAAUCUAUCAACCAGGACCUCAUACUGCAUGGACAAAUAAAUCAACAGUUGGCUUGUAUUUCAUCAAGCACAAUGGGUUCUGGUUUUAAUCAGUCCAUGGUUAGCACCCUUAAGCAGUCUGUCAUAGAGCAAGCUCGUUCUAAUGAUCUCAAGGCAUUUGAGAUAGGUCUAACUAUGGAACGUAUGAAACUGAAAGAGUCACAGCUAGUUCUCAACUCUGAUUCAAAUCGUUUAGAGAGGUUUAAAUUAUCCAUGGGUAUUUCGAAAGCAUCCUUCAAAGCUGAGAAAUUUAAGAACCAAUUAGAAGAAACAAGGCAUGCAGAGCUGCUCAAGAAGUGCAUAGAUUGUCUUGUAGCUGGUCUUGUUAUCAUGUCAGCCUCUCUUGCAUAUGGGGCUUAUGUUUAUUCCUAUGAUCGGAUCAUGGAGGCCACUGAGUCAUGUGUACCUUUGUCCAAGGAGUCUAAAUCUUGGUGGGUCCCUAAGCCAGUUUCAUCUUUCAAUUCUGGCCUACAAAUGCUAAGAUGCCAGGUUAUAGUUGUCAGCCGGAUGCUGUUUGGUAUUUUAAUGAUUCUGGCAAUUGCUUAUUUGCUUCUGCAACGUUCUUCAACUUCUAAGCAGGUCAUGCCAGUGACUUUCAUCCUCUUGCUAUUAGGGGUUUUCUGUGGUUUUGUGGGCAAGCUUUGUAUAGAUACAUUAGGAGGGAGUGGAUACCAUUGGCUCUUCUUUUGGGAAGCUUUAUGUCUGCUGCAUUUCUUUGCAAAUAUCUGUACUUCAGUUUUGUUUUCUGCCCUGCAUGGACCUAUCUCUGUGUCCCCCGGAGCUGAAGCUAAGACAAUAUUGCCGUACUCUAUGCGAAGAUUUGCCUUUUAUGCUAUUGCUCUUCUGUUUCUACCAUUACUUGGCGGUUUGAUGCCAUUUGCUAGCCCCAAUGAGUGGAAAGAUCACUUCUCAUUACUGAUAUCAGAAAGUGUUGUAGUUUAUAGGGAGUAGAUGACUGUACAGGUGUGCAUCAGAGGAAAAGAGGUUUUGAGUGAUGCUUGCUUCUUAUUUAUAGGUUAUUUCUGCGACAUGGAUAAUGAAAAGGAAUAUAGGUAUUCAGCACUGCAUAUCCUGGUAUCAUUUGUGUAACUUAAACAGUAAUACAUGUUUAUAAUUAUAAGGAAGAGUCCCUCUUUCUGUCUUGAUUUGUUGAAUAGUAACUGCAAAUAUAGUAAUUGGCAUUCAGUAUCUUGAUCUUAUUA